AUGGUCGAUCACAUCCUCCUCGGGAAUUUUGUCGUUGGAGUUGUCGAUCUCACUUCCCCACCAAAGCUCCUCCUUCACGUCCUCAAUAUCCAUCACAUUCUGAAGCUGGAAAAUGGCCAGGGAUCCGCGCAGAUGCCUCAGGUACCGCAGUUGUUUCAGCCCCAAGCAGCCUCCGUCUUUGUUGAGAACAAUUUUUGGCAGAGUCUGGAGAUUCCUCAGUGUUUGAGUUGUCCAGAUGCCGUAAGUUUGAGAGGUUCCCCAAUGUGCGCGGCAGCUUGCAUAGACGGCGACAGUUACGUAAAGACAAAGUCUGCAGAUGGAAAAGAGCGCUCAAAUUGUAGGGCAACGUGA